AUGGCUAGACACUCAGUUCAGAAGGACGACUGCAUCUUUGAUGAUGAUGCUGUCAGCGUUGAGAGUGGGACCAAUGUGGAGCGUCCAGACACACCCACCAACACAGCCAACGCUCCAGGCAGGAAGAGCUGGGGCAAGGGCAAGUGGAAAUCAAAGAAGUGCAAAUACUCCUUCAAGUGCGUCAACAGCCUCAGGGAGGACCAUGGCCAGCCAUUAUUUGGGGUCCAGUUCAACUGGCACAGUAAAGAAGGGGACCCGCUGGUGUUUGCUACUGUUGGGAGCAACAGAGUAACCCUGUACGAGUGCCAUUCCCAAGGAGAGAUCCGACUCCUGCAGUCAUACGUGGAUGCUGAUGCAGAUGAGAACUUCUACACCUGCGCCUGGACCUUUGACACCAGUACAAGCCAUCCCCUCCUGGCCGUGGCGGGGUCACGUGGCAUCAUUCGGGUCAUCAACCACAUCACCAUGCAGUGUAUCAAGCACUAUGUGGGUCACGGGAACGCCAUCAAUGAGCUCAAGUUCCACCCCAGAGACCCCAACCUCCUGCUAUCCGUCAGCAAAGACCACGCCCUUCGUCUGUGGAACAUCCAAACAGACACACUGGUGGCCAUCUUUGGAGGUGUAGAGGGACAUAGAGAUGAAGUCCUCAGCGCAGACUUUGACCUGCUAGGUGAGAAGAUCAUGUCGUGUGGAAUGGACCACUCUCUGAAGCUCUGGACGAUCAACUCAGAGAGGAUGCAGAAAGCCAUUCACGGGUCCUAUGAAUACAACCCUUCCAAGACAAACAGGCCAUGGGUCUCUCAGAAGAUCCACUUCCCUGACUUCUCUACCAGAGACAUCCACAGGAACUAUGUGGACUGUGUACGCUGGCUGGGAGAUCUGAUUUUAUCCAAGUCGUGUGAGAACGCUAUCGUGUGUUGGAAACCAGGGAAGAUGGAGGACGAUAUUGACCGCAUCAAACCAAACGAGUCCAACGUGACAAUCCUGGGUCGCUUCGACUACAGCCAGUGUGACAUCUGGUACAUGCGUUUCUCCAUGGACUUCUGGCAGAAGAUGUUGGCUCUGGGAAACCAAGUGGGAAACUGUACGUGUGGGACCUUGAGGUAGAGGACCCCCACAAAGCAAAGUGCACCAUCCUCACCCUCCCAAGAUGCACCUCUGCCAUCAGACAGACCAGCUUCAGCCGUGACAGCAGUAUCCUGAUUGCAGUCUGUGACGACGCUCUAUCUGGCGCUGGGACCGCCUGCGAUGAAGACAACAUUGGCAACGAGCAACCUAUUCUAUUAUGACGGACCAGUCACUUUGCUGUCAAGAACCAGAAACAUUUUCCAGGGACACAUUUUCUGUGUAUAGUCUGCAUCAGAUCUGUCCAAUGGAGGUGUUGUUUAACAUCUCAGGAACCACUCCCAACAUGACAACGGUGCUACAGGUCUGCACAGAAAAAUGUGUGUCUGGAACCCACCAAUUAUUUUCCUUUUGUUUCCCUUCUCCGGGUUAUACUUAUACCAGCCCAUCCUUAUUAAAUCCAUGAGGGGGGUGAAAAGGUGCGCAAUUUGGGGAGAAGGGUGGAGAAUCAGACUACAACCCUGGAGCCCUUCAAGCUUUCUCUCCCCUUCUUGCUAUUUAGUUCCCCUUGCUUACUAUUCACUUUUUAAUGGGCUUUAAUAAAUGCUAUUUUUCUAAAGGCUUCUUGUCUCAUUCCGAGGUACUGAAGCUUGAAAACUCUAAGUAAAUAUAUGGUCCCCUAAGCCCAGGCCAUCUGAAUGCAUGGAGAAAAUGAGUAGCGGGACAGUUUGGGUGUUAACUGCCCCAAAAGUGCAUCUCAUGCACUAGAAAUGAAAGUUUUCAACAUGAAAAUAAAUGAAGCAUCUAGGAUCCGCGUGUAUGGGCAAGCUAAAUAUGUAUGGCAUAAAGUAGUGGUGAAAAGAGAAUUUUAAGAAACGUUUAAUAUUGGACAAACAUGUAGUAAUUGUUGCUAUAAAACGAUAUUUUCGUCUUCUGUGGAGGACCAUUCCUGGACAUUCUGGAGCAGAAAAUGAAGUCUUUGGUCUUCUCUGUCCA